AUGGUUACUUUCAGCCGCCUCCUGUUCUUCCUCCCUGCUCUCGGGGCCCUCGCCGUGCCCUCGGAUCCCACCACCCAGCCCGACGUCGCGGCCAGCAAGUCCUUCGACUUCCUCCAGCGCAUGGGCGAGAUCAUCUUCAACGCCACGGCCAACGCAGACCUCCAGCGUCGCGACACCACGUUCAGCACCAGCAAGGACGGCGUGAACGCCGCGGGCUACUACUACUCCCUGUACAACGACAACCACGCCGGCGCCGGCUACACCGAGGACCCCAACAGCGGCCACUUCAAGCUCGGCUGGAGUCUGCCGUCCCGCAGCGAGUUCCUCGGCGGAAAGGGCUUCCGCGGUGGCAGCACCCGCUCCCUCACCUGGGACGGCUACUUCUCCGCCGAGGGCGACUACACCCUCGCAGUCUACGGCUGGACCACCAACCCGGUCACCGAGUGGUACAUCGUCGAGUCGCACGGCACCGGCACCCCCGGCAACGGCCAUAUCCUGGGCCAGGUGCACGCCAACGACGGCGUGUAUGAUGUGUACAUGCUCCCCUACCGCAACGUGCCGGAGAUCUACGGCACCACGAACUUCAACCAGCUGUGGUCCGUCCGUCGGUCGCACCGCACCACCGGCACGGUCGAUGUCACGGCGCAUUUCAACCGCUGGAAGCAGCUGGGGCUGCAGCCGGGGAGUCCUGUGUUCCAGAUGGUGACGGCGGAGGGGUUCCAGGGGAACGACCUGUCCGACAGAAGCGCACGCAAAAGAAUACGCGCCAGGCACACCAAGUCGCGAAAAGGCUGCUCUACCUGCAAGGGGCGCAGAGUCAAGUGCGAUGAAAUCAAACCCACAUGCGGUGCCUGUGCCUUGAGAGGGGAACUCUGCGACUGGCCCGCCGAAACAGGCUCUCAACGACACGAUACACCUGAUCAAUUACAAGCUGACGGCAGCCGAACGAGCCGCGCAAUCUCCAAAUCAGCUCAGGAUCGAUCCCAGCGCAGCUCGGCAGCAGCAGCAGCACGUUUAGACUCGGGGUCGCCACGCCCCUUGCACUUCGAUCUCCGCCAUGCAGCUGGCGGCAGUCCAACCCACCCCCUGAAUAUGGUUGAUCUGCAGCUGCACUCGCAUUUCAUGCUGCACACGUGCAAGCACAUGUCGCUGAACCCGCGCCGGCAGCGGAUCUGGGAAACGGUCCUCCCCCAGUUCGCCAUGCGGAACGAGGCCCUCAUGCACCUGCUCCUGGCCCUGGCGGGGCUGGAUUUCUACGCCUCGGACAGGACGGCGCCUCCAGACAGGACGAGCGACCACGACCUGGACGCCGCCUACCUCGAGAUCAUCAUCGAGCACCACCAAUGCGGGCUGAAAGCCUUCCGCGAGGACCUCGGCAACCUGCCCCGCGCGAACCGGCACCACGUGUUCGCCGGCUCGAUGCUCCUCGUCGCGUUCGCGCUCGCCUCCCUCCGCAUCCGCAACCUGACCGACACCCCGCAGCUGGCCCAGCCCCGCCUCGACUGGAUCUACCUCAUCCAAGGCCUGUGCUCGGUCGUCAAGCAGAACUGGCCGGAGCUGCGCACCGGCCCGCUCAGAGACAUGACGCAGUUCGACUACGCGAAUGACGACUGGCGCAUGUACCCGCGCGAAGCAUUGCGCUGCGUCGACGUCGCACGGAUCCGACUGUGUUCGCCGCGUCUGGUGGCGUUCUGCCACGGUACGUACGACGCCCUGGCGCAGCUGGUAGCCUAUCAUGAGUCCCUGGGCUCCCGCUCCCAUCCGGAGGCGCCGCGGAGCCCGAUCCUCGCGGAGCAGAAGGCCGCGCUGGAGAUCCUGGAGCAGAUGUACAUGCGGACGCUGUACGUCGUGCGCUUCUCGGACGAGGGGCGGCAGACCCCGCUCGACGUGCAGGCCGAUCUGGAGGACGCGGCGCUCAUGUCGUGGCCGGAGUUUCUGCCAGCGGGGUUCCUGGCGACCCUGGACGGCGGCGGGGGGUGCUCGGCGCUGUCGUAUGUGAUCCUGGCGUACUUCCAUCUGCUCUUCUCGCUUCUCGAGGGCUUCUGGUUUAUCAAGGGGGGGUUUGAUGGGGAGAUUGUGAAGAUCCAGUCGCUGGUGGAUUCUUCGGCGGAGACGGGGUUGGUCGCGUUGAUGCAGUGGCCUGUGUCUGUUAUUGCGGUGCAAUCUGACUCAUAA